GAAAAGCUUCAUUUUUGUCAAAAAUUAUUGAAUACACAUACAGGAGAGUAUACGAAGUAAUUUCAAGUGCAUAAAAGCUUGGAACAAAGGACAACAAUGGCGGAUGCUGACAACAAAGCACGUUCCUUGGAGGAGACACCGACAUGGGCUGUUGCAGCUGUGUGUUUUGUUAUAGUUGUCGUCUCCAUCUUCAUUGAACAUGCCCUUCACAUCCUAGGCAAGUGGUUGAAGAAGAAGCAUAAACCAGCUCUUUAUGAAGCACUUGAGAAGGUUAAAGCAGAGCUGAUGCUGAUGGGAUUCAUAUCACUACUGCUAACGGUAUUGCAAGACAGUAUAGCUGACAUCUGUAUAUCUAAAAGCAUAGCGGACACGUGGCAUCCUUGUGAUAUUAAGUCCACGGCUAAAUAUCCACCUAAAGAAGUCGACAAGUGUAAAGAAAAGGGUAAAGUGGCAUUUGUAUCGGCCUAUGGAAUCCACCAGCUUCACAUAUUCAUCUUUGUGCUUGCAGUCUCUCAUAUUCUCUACUGCAUCAUAACCUAUGCUUUUGGAAGUUACAAGAUGAAGACAUGGGAGGCUUGGGAACAUGAAACAAAGACAAUUGAAUAUCAAUAUUACAAUGAUCCCGAGAGAUUUAGGUUUGCGAGAGACACUUCGUUUGGACGUAGACAUUUGAACUUUUGGAGCCGUUCAAACUUAUCUGUUUGGAUCGUGUGUUUCUUUAGACAGUUCUACGAAUCGGUUACAAAGGCCGAUUACCUAACAUUGAGACACGGAUUUAUCAUGGUAAGUUCGGAAUCUUAUUUUUGGCUUCCUUUUAUCCCCUUAGUUAUAAUUUUAAUGGUGGGAACCAAGCUGCAAGUGAUCAUAACAAAAAUGGGACUAAAGAUUCAAGCAAGAGGGGAUGUGGUGAAGGGUGCACCAUUGGUUGAACCGGGCGAUGAUCUCUUCUGGUUCGGUCGUCCGCGUUUUCUUCUUUUUCUUAUUCACGUCGUUCUUUUUACGAAUGCGUUUCAGCUGGCCUUUUUCGUGUGGAGCACGUAUGAAUUUACCAUAAAUUCUUGCUACCAUGAGAAGAUCGAAGAUAUCAUAAUUAGAAUCUCUAUGGGGGUAAUUAUACAGGUUCUUUGCAGCUACGUGACUCUUCCACUCUAUGCUUUGGUGAACCAGAUGGGAACUAAUAUGAGACCGACGAUCUUCGAUGAAAAAGUUGCCGAUGCACUUAAAAACUGGCAUCAAACAGCAAAGGAACAGGUUAAACAAGGCAAGAACUCGGAGAAUACAACGCCGUUUUCGAGUAGGCCAGCAACUCCGACGCGCGGGACGUCCCCGGUUCAUCUCCUCCAUCGCUAUCCCGAAAGAAGUGUAGAUAGCUCUCGCACCUCUCCGAGUCAUUCCGACUUCGAGAACAACAUAUGGGAUCUGGCCGAUUCGUUCGCCGAUUCCCCGAACCGCCGUGAUACCGAUGUUCCUGCUGCCGAUCAUGGUAGAUUGCAGCUGCAAACGAGUGAAGUUGCAGAUACGGCGGUUCGAGAAUCUAGCACUUCGGAAUUCGUAUCGAGGUCACCCGGCUCGGUCCGAACACAGCACACGAUCGAGAUUACCCCAUCGAAUUUCUCCUUUCCGAAAAGAUGA